UGGAGCUGCGGCCCGCCGCGAUCCCGGGCAGAAGGAAGUGGCGGUCGCUGCGGCGGCGGCGGCGACUACAGCGCAAAGACGGCGGGCAUGGUGGGCCGGGAGAAAGAGCUCUCUAUCCACUUUGUUCCCGGGGACUGCCGGUUGGUGGAGGAGGAAGUUAACAUCCCCAAUAGGCGGGUUCUCAUUACUGGUGCCACUGGGCUUCUUGGCAGAGCUGUGUACAAAGAAUUUCAGCAGAAUAAUUGGCAUGCCGUUGGCUGUGGUUUUAGAAGAGCAAGACCAAAAUUUGAGCAGGUCAAUCUCUUGGAUUCUAAUGCAGUUCAUCACAUCAUUUAUGAUUUUCAGCCCCAUGUCAUCGUACAUUGUGCAGCAGAGAGAAGGCCAGAUGUUGUAGAAAAUCACCCAGAUGCUGCUUCUCAACUUAACGUGGAUGCUUCUGGGAAUUUAGCAAAGGAAGCAGCUGCAAUUGGAGCAUUUCUAAUCUAUAUUAGCUCUGAUUAUGUUUUUGAUGGAACAAACCCACCUUAUAGAGAGGAAGACAUACCAAAUCCCCUAAAUCUAUAUGGCAAAACAAAAUUAGAAGGAGAAAAGGCUGUCCUGGAGAACAAUUUAGGAGCUGCUGUUUUGAGAAUUCCUGUUCUAUAUGGAGAAGUUGAAAGGCUUGAGGAAAGUGCUGUGACUAUUAUGUUUGAUAAAGUGCAGUUCAGCAAUAAGUCCGCAAACAUGGACCACUGGCAGCAACGGUUCCCCACACACGUCAAAGAUGUGGCCAGCGUGUGUCGUCAGUUAGCAGAGAAGAGGAUGCUGGAUCCAUCAAUUAAGGGAACCUUUCACUGGUCUGGCAACGAACAGAUGACUAAGUAUGAAAUGGCGUGUGCAAUUGCAGACGCCUUCAACCUCCCCAGCAGCCACUUAAGACCAAUAACUGACAGUCCUGUCGUAGGAGCACAGCGUCCGAGAAAUGCUCAGCUUGAUUGCUCCAGGUUGGAGACCUUGGGCAUCGGCCAGCGAACACCAUUUCGAGUUGGAAUCAAGGAGUCACUCUGGCCUUUUCUCAUUGACAAGAGAUGGAGACAGACGGUCUUUCAUUAGCGUAUGUGUGGUGGUGGGGGUGGUGGUCGUGUUUUUUAAAACGAGAAGUCAAGAAGUCAUGGCGCUUUUUAAAGAAAAAUGGAAAUAGUUUUGUAUGAGUGUUCUUCAAUUGUGACUCAUGAUCUUUCAGGUAAAUGAUGCUCUUGCACUAGUGAAAUUGUCUAGGGAAACUUAAGGGCAAUAAUGCCUUGUUUGAAGUAAUGAUUUUCUCAUUUUGUUCUGUCUCAUUUGCUGUGUGAAUAUAGUAAAUUAUGAUUUUCAAGUAUUUGAAAGCCAGGAUGAAACACAUCUGCUGUAGACUUUGGAGGGGCGGGGGAGAAGAAAUGCAUUGUUCAUUCCUAUAAAUAACCUCUACAUUUUCAGGACUUUUACAACUGUUGAUCCUUUUAUGUUUUAAAUUGUGUUAAAUAGCAUACAAAUCAUUGCUGUUCAUUGUUUGCUUUGCUUGAGUUCAGAUCAAAAUGUUUGAGAAAGAAACUUUAUUUUUGCAACCUAAGUACAGUUUUUAUGCUUGAGAUAUUUCAACAUGUUAUGUAUAUUGGAACUCCUGCAGCUUGAUACCUCCUGCUUUUGUAGCAGUGAAAGGUGAAUGUUUGAGAGAGAGAGAAUGUGUGUAUGUGUAUCUAUUUUUUAAAUAUAUAUGAAACUGUCCUUUCCACUCCAUGUCACUAAGUGAUAUUUCAUAUGUGCAGUUAUACUAAUAGUAAUGGGCCUUGUAAGUCUUUUGACCAUUCAUGAAUAAUAAUAAAAUACAUAUUGCUGGCAUGGUAA